AUGGCACGCGGCGGCUCUACCGCUGCUCCUCCAGCCCUCCCGCUGCCGCUGCUGCUGGUGGUGGUGUCGUCCUCCGCCUUUUUCGCCUGCUGCUGCCUCGCCGCGCCGCCGGGCGCUCUGGUGACGAGCGUCCCGGGGUUCGCGGGCGGCAAGCUGCCGUCGAAGCACUACGCCGGGUACGUGACGGUGGACGAGGCGCACGGCAGGCGGCUCUUCUACUACCUGGUGGAGUCGGAGCGUGAGCCCGCCAAGGACCCCGUCGUGCUCUGGCUCAACGGCGGGCCAGGCUGCUCCAGCUUCGACGGCUUCGUCUACGAGCACGGGCCAUUCAACUUUGAGGCAGGAGGGUCAGCUGGAAGCUUGCCAAAGCUUCAUCUCAACCCUUGUAGCUGGUCUAAGGUGUCUAGUGUGAUAUACUUGGACUCCCCUGCUGGUGUUGGGCUGUCUUACUCCAAGAAUGUUUCAGAUUAUGAAACUGGUGAUCUUAAGACUGCUGCUGAUUCGCAUACUUUUCUUCUCAAGUGGUUCCAGCUCUACCCUGAGUUCUUGACAAAUCCAUUUUAUAUAGCUGGAGAGUCAUAUGCUGGAGUUUAUGUCCCUACCCUUUCACAUGAAGUUGUCAAAGGAAUCCAAAAAGGAGAUAAGCCAAUUCUAAACUUUAAGGGCUACAUGGUUGGCAAUGGUGUAUGCGACACCGUCUUUGAUGGUAACGCUCUUGUGCCAUUUGCACACGGAAUGGCUCUAAUUUCAGAGAGUAUAUAUAAGGAAGCCAACACUGCAUGUCAAGGAAAUUACUGGAAUGCUAGCAGUGCAAAAUGCGACGAAGCGCUGUCAAAAGUCGAUACGGUCAGUUCAAUUGGACCCUGGCAAUUAUGCACAGAUAAAAUAGAUUUUGAUCAUGAUGCUGGGAGUAUGAUCAUUUAUCACAAGAACCUUACAAGCCAGGGUUAUCGUGCUUUGAUUUACAGCGGUGACCACGAUAUGUGUGUACCUCACACUGGGACUGAAGCAUGGACUGCGUCCUUAGGCUACGGCAUCGUUGAUUCAUGGCGACAAUGGAUUGUCAAUGAACAAGUUGCUGGGUACACCCAAGGAUAUGAAAACGGCCUCACUUUCGCCACUAUUAAGGGUGCUGGCCACACAGUUCCUGAGUAUAAACCACAGGAAUCAUUGGCUUUCUACAGCCGUUGGCUUAACGGUACUAAGCUGUGA